GAUUAUCAGAAAUCAGUCAAUGUUUUAUUUACAUUGUUUAAUAAAUUAUCACAUAAUUCUCUUUUCUUAUGGCGAAUUUACAUUUUGGAGUUGACAGUUUUAUUUUUUUCCUAGUUCUAGGAAAUGAAAAUGAAAAUAGACUAGAGUUUAGAAAAAAUAAAAAAAAAAUGGAAGGAUUAGGAAUGACAAAUCAAGUACCAGAAAGUUUGGUGGAGCCAGAUGAUCCAUUUGACUCCCCUUUCCUCUUGCAAGAAUUGAAUCCAACUGACAGGUCUUACAGAGAAAUUGAAAUAGAUUUUGAAAAUGCUGAUUUAAAGGUAAUCAAAGUUGAAAAGCUAAGAAAUGCUCAUCUUUGUAAACGAUAUCUUACAGAAAGAAAAUUAAUGCUUGAACAGCGAUUGUCACUUGAUCCACAAUUCAAUUUGAAUGAAAAAUUUCUCUACCAUGGAACUAGCACCAAAAAAGAUUUUGUAUGUGAAGAAGGAUUGGACUCUCGAAUGUCAAAGCAGGGAUGUUUUGGGAAAGGCAUUUAUUUCAGUGAUUACCCUAAGAAAUGUUUGAAAUAUGCUGAAAGAGGUGGCCAUAACAAUUUUAUUUUGUUGAUGAGAGUCAUACUGGGUGAAUCUAAAAUGUAUCCCAAAGGUGUGAAAGACAAAUACUUGGUUAGAGAACCAGAGAAAGAAGCUCCAUACAGAGGUUACAGGUUUUAUGACUCUGUACAGGGAUGCCCUGUAAAUCACCAAGAAUUUGUAGUUUAUGAAAACAGAAGAGCUCUGGUAGAGUAUAUUAUAACUUAUCAAAAAAAAGACAAAGAGCUGGUUGGUAAAAAUCUUGAAACUGAUUCAGUUGUACUUUCCAGAGAUUCUAAACCCAGCAGAAUUGAAGAUUCCGGUCAUAGCAGCGACUCAAGUCAUUCUGAUGGUUCCUCUUAUCGCCAUUUAGGUCCUUAUCGCCAUUUAGGUCAGGGUGACAGUUCAGGCAAUACAACUGAUGAAGAAGAAAAUACUCUUGCAAAGAGUUUCCAAAAGAAUGUAAACAUUAGACAAAAUAUACCAGACAGUUCUACAUUUGAUGUGAGCGCUGAGAAAUUAUUGUAUCAGAACAAGGCUGAAUUCACAAGACUUACUGGAGUCACAGAUGAUUAUUUAAUUGACCACUGCCUUCUGAGAGGCAACAUGGACCUAAAUGAGGCUGUUAAAUUAUAUAAUGCUCAUGGGGAUGGCAUUAAAGAUUCACCUUUGCCUGAUAUUCCAAGAGAAUUUGAAGAAGAAUUGAUGGCUGUAGGUGGACGACCCUCACAUCCUGAGCCAGGAACUAUUGAAUGGCAAAACCUAAGUGAAGAACAUAGGGAAGCCAUAAUUGCUGGUUUGAUUGAAGAUUUUCUACAUGUAGCAGGUCUGCCUCAGGAAGAGACAGACUAUGCCAAAAAACGUUUAGCUUCCACUGGAAACAAUCUUGAUCUAGCCAUUGUUGCCCACUAUGAAGAUAUGUGAUGUAUGAAAGAUAGUUCUAAUGAAUGGUUUGUAGAGCUUCUUAUUCUAUCUCAGUCAAACCUUUUUCCCAGAUUGUAUUUUUAAAUUCAAGGCAUUAAGGGAAAAAUCUGUUUCAUAUUUAAUUUCUUCUUAAGCUCUCAGUACUUUUUUUUUUUUAAAGCAAAUGCUAAGUACGCUUGAACUUGGCUUGGCUACCUAUGAGGGGGCUCAAGGUUCGACACUGAGCGCCUAAAGGCAGCAUGGAAAACCUUCUCCCAGAUACCCCCUCCCCCCACUGGUCCACACACGAGAUUGGACCUAACGCUCUGACCAUGCUAUAAGCAUGAAAGUAAAAGCUAAAUUAUUAUUUAUUAUUAUUAUUAAAUGAAGAUGACUUUAUCACCUGUCUUAAAGUCUGGUGGGUCUUUAAACCACUAGAAUUAAUCUGCCAAAUCUGUUCAAUUCCUUUCUCUUUUGUUUCCUGCCAUGCUUAGCCUUGUAUGUAAUUUAAGUAAAGUUUGUUUUUUCAUUUAGCAUGAUUCUCAUUACACUGCAUGAUAAUAAAAUAAAGAAAACCAAAACUA